AUGCCACCUGCGGCGCCGCCGGCAUCUUCGAAGGCCGCUCGUCCAAGGCGGCCAGAAACCUUCCGGGCCGGCGGAAUACGGAGAAGUACCACCACCACCGGCGACCUGAUUGCAGCGCUUUCCGCAGAACUCACCGACGAGGAGCGAGAUAUCGAGAUCGAGGCCAGCAUCGUCCCUUCCUGUGACAGGACAGAGGACACCAACAUCGCUCUGCUAUGCUUCAAGCCUAAUCCUCCCGCGUACUUGAGCCCGCUGUACAACGGAAAUAACGAUACUACCAAGGUCCUUACCACAGUCGGCCUCCUGAGCUUCGAUAAGAGCUUUUUGGGACUCCCCCAGCUCUACCCCACGCCCCCAAGACGUGAAAUCACAGCCGAAACGACGAUCUAUGGCUACAACUCAAAGAUUGCGGACUACACCUCUGGACUUUUGAAGAACAUCAAGAGGGCCCGGACAAAAAAAAGCUUGGUAAUUGCAUCCGAGGAAAAGUUGCGUGAUAUUGAGACCUAUUCCAUAUAUGAAGCUACACGAGCUUUGAUAUUCUUCGCCACGCCACAUCGGGGAUUAUCGACAGAAGACAUCCUCGGCAUGGUCGAUGCCGAAAAGCAGAACGAAAGAGCCUGUCUGGUGAGAUCUAUCGACAAAAAUUCAGAAGUUCUCCAGUCGCGGUUGCACGAUUUCACCAAAUUCGCGUCACGUUUCAGGAUAUUCAGCUUCUACGAGCAGAAGACGAAGACAAGGACCCGGAAACUAGGUCCAAAUGGCACUUACGGCAGAACGGGCGACUUCAUUGUCCCGGUUGAUGCCGAUUCAGCCUUGCUUGGCCUACCGAGGGGAAUAGAGACCAGAAUUGUGGUCGAUGAAGACCAUACGACGAUAGUCAAGUUCAACGGCAAACACCGCACGUACAGGCUUACGAUUUCGUACUUUUGGGACUUGACGGAUGGAUGGCUUCUCGACCAUGCUGGAUACAACCCCAAAUAUCCCGCAACCAGUGCAACGGAAGCCCUGCCUUGGGCAAUUGGCAGCGGUGACUUGCGACUCGUCAAGUUGCUCCUGAACAACGGCGCCAACCUGAGAUUUCCCAUGGACGGCAAGACUUGA